CUCGUAUAUAAGGCGCGCAUCCGCCCUCGGCCCUGGACUCUUUACCGACCACCAUGGCUUUCACCGCUUCUGACAUUUGCAAGAUCAUCUUCGCCGUCCUCCUCCCGCCCCUGGGCGUGUUUUUGGAGCGAGGCUGCAACGCAGACUUCUGCAUCAACAUCUUGCUGACCAUCCUGGGUUACAUUCCCGGUAUCAUCCACGCGUUGUACAUCAUCUUGAAGUACUAGGCGGCAGCCAUGAACGAGCCGAACUUUGGAGACGAGACGCCGCACAAUCAGGCGCUAGCCCACUCUACUACGGGUGGAACG